CAGCGCAGCAUCCCGCAUCACACACACAAGAAUGCUGGCGACCAUGUCAAAAUAAAAACCAGACACACAUACAUAUGGCUGAGGAGAUGUAAACAGCGAUGUAGCUUUGAAGAUGCCAUCCUUUUUCGUCUAUCGUUUUCUCUUCUUUGUCUCUUUGUCCAAUAUUAACGGGGUAGCUAGUAAAUCCAUCCCUGAAAGCGCAGCACGGGAGGUGCAGGUGAGGGUGCAGGUGUUUGAUGGAGGAGAUCUGUCACCCCUGCCCAAUACUGCCAUCACUGUCUAUGGUAACCAAAGUGUGCUGGCACAAAGUAAAGCAGGCAGUGGUGGCACGGAGGUGGUCAGCUUCCUGUACCGCACGGGAACAUGGGUAAUCAUUACAGCAUCUCAGAGAGAUUACCUCACCAGCUCAGUGCCAUGGCAUGCCAGCCGUUUACCCUUGUAUGCAUCUGUCAGUCUUUACUUGAUGGCACAGAAGCCUGGCACACUCAUCCUAUACGAUGAUGUCAUCCAGGUGUUUCAUGGCUCUCCAAGUGGGCGGAGUCAGCCAUGGCUGCAAAUUCCAAGGCGGAGCCUACAGUUUAACUCCUCUUACACAGAACUGACUGCAGUUUUAACAACAGCCAGAGAGCAGAAUGAAAUUAACUUGUUCCCUUACCCUCUCGCCCUGGAACCAAACAACACAGGAGGAGAGACUGGCUGGAUGGACCUGACAGCAAUAGCAGCUGUCAGCGCUCAGCUGUUUGAUCGUGAGGGUCGAGCGGUUGAAGUCAUCGAGCCUGUUCAUAUCUCUGUGCCUCUGCCCUCUGAUUCCCAGAUAAGAUCUGCUACCAGCAUACCCGUGUGGGUGUAUGACACUAAGACAGGACUAUGGGUACGAAAUGGAACAGGAUUUAUCACCCGAGUGGGAUCAAAGCUGACAUGGGACUUCACUGCCUCACAGCUUGGCUACUGGAUUGCAGCCUUCCGAUCUUCAACAGGCUCAGGUUUAUCUCAUCCAGGCCUGCAGGACAUCACAGCUUACCACACCUUCUUUCUGCUAUCCAUACUGGGAUCUCUCUCACUGCUCGUACUUGUCUUACUCUGUGUCCUUCUGUACUACUGCAGGCGAAGAUGUCUGAAGCCCAGGCGUCAAAUGAAACAUGUCCAAGCUCCAUCUGCUUUGAAUGGAUCAAAGCGGGACCAAGGCACCUCUACUUCCCAAUUGAACCUCAUCUGUGGUGGCCAUGUUGAAUCCGUUGCCACCAAUGGCAACUUAGAUGCCAACAAAUCUGAUGGCUCACCCUCCCAUGCCUUCAAGAGUUCUCGGGAUGAGCUUUCCAGGCCCGUUCCUGCCCAUAAACUCAGGCAUUCUUCUAAGACCAAGCAGUCCAAAGGUGCCCAAUCCAAGCAAUCAAAAGGUGAGAGCUUCCCAAUGAAGGUACAUCGAUCAACAGAAACAAGCAGUCUGGACAGCAAUCUUCUAAACGAUGACUACGGAAGCAACUAUAGCCCUGACGACAAAGAUCACGCUUAUCGCCGAAGGCACGUUGUCAAUGACAAUUGUGGCUACACGUCCAACCCGCCUUCACCGCCAAUUGCAGACAAGCCGCCAGAAUAUUCACAGGUUUUGCAGGGACCAGAUCACCUUGCUCGUCCAACGUCGAUAAACACGCAACCAGGUCAGAUUAUAUUCUGCAGUUCAUUGGAUCAGAUGAAGGAGAACAUGUACCGUUCAAUGGUACCAACUCUUGUGAUCCCAGCCCACUACAUGAGGCUUUCAUCUGAGUUUGGUGCCACAGAUCAAGGUAAGGAUGGGCAGAGUCAGGCAGAAAGAGACAGAGAUGGACAGAGUCCACACGUUACUAGCAGUGGGGUUCAGAACCAAAGCAACCAGGGUCAGACCCCAGACCAUAGUGAAGGUGAACAAGGGUCAUCUCCAGCUGGUUCUGAUGAGAGCGAUUGGCCGUGCGGUGGUCCACCAGCACCGGUUCAUAUACCUGUUUUGUUUAAUGACUCUACCAUCUCACAGAUGAACGGGGAGCUACAAGCACUCACAGAGAAGAAGCUUCUGGAGUUGGGGGUGAAGCAGCACCCCCGUGCCUGGUUCAUAUCUCUUGAUGGCGAUGCCAAUGCUCACGUACGCCACUCGUACAUUGAUGUAGGUGCUGAGCUCAGCCAUAAUGGAACACACAGUGGAAAUCACAGUGCCCAGAGCACACUUAGCGCCCCUGCUGGCAGCAGUAAGGACCGUAUAGUAGAUACUCCAAGUCUCCAAGACACCCAACAUGACCGCAAAUCAUCAUCCGGUCGCAAGAGCAAAGAGGAGCACCAUGGAAGUGUGCGCAAGAAUCAUGGAAGCUCCUCCAGCCGUACUAGUGGUGGCAAACACUACGUGAAACCCAUGUAUCAUGACCCUCUCGAUCUGAGUGGAGGCAUUAGCCGCAUGGGUGCCAGUUCGCCACUGGAAAAUCCUCUGACUCCUCUUUUGGAUGAUGGUCCUGAAGAGCCGAGGGGGUCUUCAAUGCCACGAAGGUGUCGAAGCCGCGGUAACAGCUCUCGUAGUAGCAAUAGUGAAACGCAACGUGACCCAGUUACCAGCCCGGAGGAUGACAACGACCUGGACGACAAAGACGAAAAUAAGAAGAGUCCCUGGCAACGGAUUGAAGAGCGCCCUCUAAUGGUGUUUCACCCCAAGAAGUAGAACAGUAGAAAUGUAACUCCAUGAGCUGCCUUUACCAAUCUCUAUGAUUGAUGAGAUGUGUACAAAUUGUUCAAAUAAUGAUUAUGAAAGUUUAACAUAUAUUACAUUCUAAUUCUCACAGACUGAAUGGAUGCAUUCUUUAUAAUUUGAUACAUGCCAUUCCAUUUGUUAAAAAUAUUUUGGACAUGGUCACUAGGAUGACAGAUAAUCAAUUUGAAUGCAUCUCAAGGGUCAAUGAAACUGAAUUAUGUGGCAACAUGCCAUUUUAGUAUUUAUUAUACUAAGGAGUAUCCAAGACCAGCCAUUGCAUACAAGGGGAGUUUUAUAAUAAGCACAACACAGUAACACCAGUAAUUUCCAAACCAGUCAAACUCUUACAAAUGAUUGCAUCCAAAAACACCUGGAUGCCUUUUCACUCACAAUGGUUUGGUGAUUAUUAUAAACAUUUGAAUGCUUCCGUCCUCAGUGUGGAUCAAAAGCAUUUGAUGCUUUUCAAAAAUUUUAACAUUUAGAGACCCAUUUCCUUAUGUUCUUAUGCAGUAUCUUCAUUGGUAUUCUAUGCUAAAACAUUCUCUUUCUCACUUACCUUCAAUAUCAUUAUUUUGAUAUCAGUUCCUUAUUCAAGCUUUCGUACUAACUUUAUAUAUGUUUUGUGCAUUGGUUGUGUCAUUCCUCAAUAAUGCAUUCUUGAAUUCUUGAUCAUUUUCAUUCUGCAACUCAUUUUACUCUGUUCAAUGAGAAAGGCCUAAAUGUGGCACUUGUUGUGCUAAAGUUUGGAUUUGUUGAGGAAAAGCUGAUUCCAAAUGAAUACCCAUAUGUGUCGUUUCUAUGGGAUCCUGUUAUUUGUAAUGGAAAAGCAUUGACUGUGUCAAACAGUAGACAUUAAUGGAUAUUUCCCACUGUUAAGUUUUGGUUUAAUUCAUUUGUAUUGCUUCUAACAUUUUUCAUAUUCAGAUGGGUAUAGAGUGCUUUUCAUUUGUUUAGAAGAAAAUUAUUUUGUGCAUAUGUAUGAUAGCAUUUAUGUGCAUGACUCAUGAGACAACUAGAAUAGGGCAACAGAAUUUAUUGUAUGCAUAAAAUUGAAAUAGACACAAUUUAGCAUGAAGAUGGACACUAGGCGGAGUGCAUCUGAUACUGAUGCCAAACAGAGAGGAAUUUGCCAAAAUAUCACAUAACCAUUUUGAAAUGUAAUUGUAUAGUUUACAGGCCAUUUUUUGACCAAUGUUUGCCCAUUAAAAAUUCUUCCAGAAUUGUUAGCUUUCACACUGUCGGUACUUUGAAUUACCUGUGAAAAAAAGACAUGUUGCACAUUUUAAAGCACCAUUUUGUAAAAUGAUUAAGACUGAUUUACAGGGUACUCUAUGCUGCAUGAGGGCUGAUCUCAAGAACUGUUUGAUGUCAACCAAACAGGAGACAAAUGAGACAUUUACUAAAAUAGUUCUGCUCAUUCUGAUCAGGUGACCAUCAUUCUGUAUCCAGACCAGUGGUUAAUGGUGACUUUUGCCAUGCUUGUCAACUAACUGCAAAUAACAACGCUGUUGCAACAUGUCUUAAAUCCAUCACAAAGCCGUGCAUAAAGGGGUAGUUGAGUUCACAACAAAAAAAUAAUUUUCCGUCAUCAUUUAAUCGCCCUCAUAUUGUUUGAAAGAUGCUGAAAACUCUAAACCUCAGUCAUCUGAAAACUGACCCACAUUUGUUUUCUUCUUUUUAGAUUUGCACAAACCUUUUCCGCAUUACAGGUUCCAAAACUUCUUAAAGACUUCUUGAUCUGGUAGUUCAUUUAUCAGUUGUACUCAUGGAUAGGGGGUUAGGGAUAGGGUCACUUCAAUGAAAUCGAAGCCAUUCAUUUUUGCAUUCAUCUUCACAUUUUGCUCACAACCUGUGGAUAAUUUACACAGGAAAUAUCUAUAUGCCUUUGUCAAUGUAUACGUUAAUCAUGUGAUGUGGUGCUCUGAAAACACAUUUCCCUCUGUCCUGUGUAAAUAUAUCUCUCUUUGGCUAAAAAUGAAUAUGACAUUUAUAAUGUUAUGUGUGUUGCUUUCAUUGUGCACAACAACUUUGUGAAACUGUUCUAAAGUCAAUUUAGAUGCAACUUUUGCAAUUGUAUAAUUUGUUCAUAUUAUGAAUAUGAAAAAGCACACGUGAAUGUGGAAUUACAGCUGGUAUACAUUGUUUCACUUCUGAGAUGUCCAAAAGUCAU